CAACCGUGUGAUUCAAUGUACUGCACAACAAUCUUCAUUAAUUAUUAACAACAUUUUUGACAUUAAAUACUACUUCUCUUGUCAUGGGUAAAAAUAAGGGAGGUAGUGGAGCAGGUAAAGGAAGCGGUGGCGGCGAUAAUAGUGGAGGUGGUGCUGGUGGAAAUAAAAAAAGUGGUGGCGUUGGCGAUAAAGGCGGAAACAAAAAUAAAGGUGGAGGAGGUGCGGAAAAAACUGGUGGCAAAAAAGGACAAGAUCAGAAGGUUGGCGCAAGUGGAGGAGGCAAAAAAGGAAACAAGAAAUAACAACGGCCCAUCCGGUCUACACUUUCUAAUUAUUUUGUAUAUUAAUAAGUAUAUAUAUAGCUUAACAUCCAGCUUAAAUAAAAUUGUAAAGUUAAUCUAAACAGAGGAAGAAGUUCAGUAAACAGAAGAACUGUAUUGAAUCAUGCUUCAUUUAAA